AAGUUCUUUUGGAGAUUAAUCCGUGAUGCAUCAUUUCUAAAUGAAACUGCUCAAACGUGUCGUCUAGGCACAAAGGACAUGCAAACAUUGCCGAUGUCUCGCCACCGUAGUCACUUAAAGAAGCCAACAUGGAUUAUCAUACUGGUUUCUUUAGUCAUCGUGUUCUUAAUUUGUGCUUAUGUUUAUCCUCCUCAGAAUUCCACAGCGUGCUAUGUAUUCGCUUCUCACAGUUGUAAGGCAUUAUCUAACUGGCUUCCACCUCCUCCUGUUAGAGAACUAACAGACGAUGAGAUUGCAUCUCGUGUCGUAAUUAAAGAUAUCCUGAGUAUGCGUCCUAGUUUAUCAGAGAAUUCCAAAAUUGCAUUCCUUUUUCUGACACCGGGUGCUUUACCUUUUGAAAAGCUGUGGGACAAAUUUUUUCAGGGACAUGAAGGAAGAUUCUCUGUCUAUGUGCACGCAUCGAAGCAAAAACCAGUCCAUUUUAGUCGUUAUUUCAUCAAUCGGGAAAUUCGUAGCGACAAGGUAGUUUGGGGAAGAAUUUCAAUGGUUGACGCAGAAAGAAGGCUUUUAUCAAAUGCACUCAAAGAUCCUGACAACCAGCAUUUUGUUCUACUAUCUGACAGUUGCAUACCACUGCGCGAUUUUGACUAUGUGUACAAUUAUCUCAUGUACACAAAUACAAGCUUCAUAGACAGGCAAGCCUGCUGUUUGUUCCAUAUCAUUAACAUUUAUAGACAGCUACUAUGAUGCAGUCAAGAUCUUAACCAAGUGGAUUCAUUUCUGGUUUAGUUUCUCAAUAAAAAUAAUAUGAAAAUGGAAUCAAAUU